UUGUAAUGUUUCUUUAUAAUAUUAAUGUAAUAUUUCUUAAUAAUGAUUACUGAUGAAGAAUUGAAAAUUAAAAUGAACUACAUACUUGAAACGUGUACAUCUAUAGAUUUACAUGAUAAAAAAAAAAUACUUAACAAUAUAGCUAGUGUAACAAAAAGUGCAUUACAGAACCAACUGAUAAUUUAUGAACCAAAUGCCAUUAUUACAUGUAUUAUUAAACUGUUCUUUUAUUACAAUGAAACCGCAUCUCAAAAUAUAUGUAAAUGGAAACGACGAAGAAAAUGUCGACUUGCAAAAGAAUGUUACAUUAGUUUAUUACAAGUAUACAUUCCUGAAAAGUCUAAAGAAGUUUUAGAAGCUGUAAUUAACGUGAUUUAUGAAGAUAAGCUUUGGGAAUUUGAAACCUUUUGUUUUGAAAUUAUGUGUUCUUUAUUGGAAUAUGGUAUUAAUGCAUCAUUAACGAUUCAUCUUAUGUGGGAUAGAAUUGAAACUUUAAAUGUAAACAUAGAAGAUACAAGAAAAAUCAUAAGAAUAUUAUACGAAUUAUUAGAUGUUUACAACUGGCCAGAUACUCACGAAACAGUAACAGUUAUUGAAAGAAUCUUAAAUCUUUUUUAUAUUUCUAUAACUAGCUCGCAUGCAACUGUUAAUGUUAUGCCAUACGCAAUGUUCAAAAAAGGUUUAGAAGUCUGCAUAAUUAAUAUAGUAAAGCACGUAUCCAAUGAUCAUCUUCUCAUCAUAAUCCAAUAUAUGUGUUCGUGGGUUGUGGAAAAAGGAAUGACUGAUGAAAUUAUUUUAGACUUUGGCAGUACACUUGAAUACACAGCCUACAUACAUAAGGUAACAUUGUAUGAAAAAACUUUAACUCCAAAGAUAUUUCCAUUAUUAAUGGAAAUGAUAGCAUCAACAAGUAAAAUAAUCAGCCUAUUGGGUAACAGAGUUACUCAGUAUUUGCUCGACAGAGAAGAAAACAAAAUGAAUUUUGAUACGCCUAAAAUAUUUUUCGAAGAUAUUCAAUUUGACCUCACAAUAGGUAAAUGUUUCAAAGAAGAUAAACUAUUCUGUAAACUUCACAGAGAAAUUUUGCACGAUAGCAUCCUAAAAAGUAUCAUAAAUCAUUGUACAUCACGUAUGAAUUUAGAAGCUACUUAUUGUACGAUAUGCCUGAUUGCUGUAGAAGUGCCAUGCGGAUUCAUAGCAGCAGCCCUGGUUUGUCUUUUAAUGAAUGUGCAAGAUGUAACUUUGAAGCAAACUAAACAUCAUGCCGAAAUAUCUUAUCAUAUACAUGCAACAGUGAUAGCAGUUAUGUCCCUUUUGUGUUGGAUUCACAAAGCCAAAGCAUUUUACGAAUUGGGAAGCUCGUUAUGGUUUGUGGAAAUGUUUCCGUUUACACGAAACUGAAGAAGAAACGCAUGAUACAUGAUUAUUCAUCGAAAAUCAUGAUACAAUGUAUACUAUGAGACAAAAAUAAACGUUACACCAUCAUUCA